UGGACAGGAGGCAGACAGGCAUUCUCUGUGAACUCACACGACACAUUAAAAGACGGUUGUUGAAACACAGAGCGGACAAAUGAACAGGAACAUGAUGCAAAACGGUGCAACACGCGUCUUUGUGGAGCAAUUGACCGUGUUCAGUUGAGACUGUGCCAGAGAGAACAACCACAUGCUGUUCAGCCAGCACUACACCACAUGAAGAAGAUUCACGGAUGAAUAAUCUCUCUGAUGUACAAGCUAAAACGCAGCGGGCAAAAAGGAUGUCAGCUGUUAAGAUGACAGAAGGGAGUGUGCAGGUGGAGAGCUGCAAAGCACCGCUGUUCUACAGACAAAGUGAACCCGCCUCAGGGGAAGUGAACAUGUCAGUUCUGCUCCUUCACGGCAUCCGUUUCUCAUCAGAAAACUGGGUCAACAUUGGCACUCUGGAGACUCUGGCCAGAGCUGGCUGCCGUGCAGUCGCCAUCGACCUGCCAGGACUUGGACGGUCUAAGUCAGCUGAGGCCCCGGCACCGGUGGGAGAACUGGCCCCUGCAGGUUUCCUGAAGGAAGUGUGUGAGCACCUGAACCUGAGCCCCGUGGUGGUGAUCAGCCCGUCCCUCAGUGGGAUGUACUCCCUCCCCUUCCUCCUCCAGCACCAGGCUCUCAUACGAGCCUACGUCCCUGUAGCUCCCAUCUGCACCGACAAAUUCACAGCAGAGCAGUACCAGAGUGUAAAGGUCCCAUCGCUGAUCGUUUAUGGUGACCAGGACGCUCAGCUCGGAGAGGUGUCGCUGCGCAACCUGAGCAAUCUGGCCAAUCACAGCGUGGUGGUGAUGAAAGGAGCAGGUCACCCCUGUUACCUGGACGACCCGGACACUUGGCACAAAGCUCUCACAGACUUCCUUACCACGCUGUGAAUCUCUUCACUGUGUAGUGGAGGAGAGAUUCACACAAACACACACAGACUCAGUGGAGCCACACACAUAAACAUGUUGUUCAUUCAUGACAAAUGUAGACCACAAACAUCCUCCUGCAUGACCUGAUUUGACUUUUUAAUAGUGUCAGUAAUCAAACUGUAAAUCAAGUCUUUUUUUAAAUGAUUAGGAGCAGACGAGGCUCAGGCUAUUUAAGGAAAAGUUCAACAUUUUGGAAGAUAUGUUAUUGGGAAACAGGUCCCAGUCAAGAAAUAGCAUGGCACUUAAUCCAAUGUAAAACAGAGACACUCAUCUAACUCUCUACAAGAAGAAGAAAUAGUACAUUUCCCAAAAUGUUGAACUUUUCCCUUAACACUGCACCAUGAAAAUGUAUAUUGUGUAUUACAACUGAUACAGUUACAAUUUAUUCUUUUAUAGAUUUUAUAUUUUCAAUUUAACCCAGCAAAUUCAAUGAAUCUCCAGCUGUGUCUCGCUGAGAAACCAAACACCACACACUGAACUGAAGUGAAAAAUAUGAACAUUAUUUAAUAACUGAUUCUCUGUAAUAAACAAUUUGAAAAUA